AAACGGAGCCGCAAACUCAGUCCUGCUCUGCUGUACAGGGUGCAGGGCAGAGGGAGAGCCAAUCACCGAAACGCACAGGCUCCCUUUAAGCCUGACAUAUCUCCAACAGGAACAAAUUGUCCCAACAAUCAACAUCCCAAUCUGCUGCGCGCAUCAGGGGUUGGAGAGGAGCGGAUAGCUCUCAGGCCUGAGCAACGCGGACGGACUGCGCCGGACCGCCCCGCGACCAGACGCCGUUCCGCCACUGUUACUCACCACUAAAGACAGCGACCAGCUUUUUGGAUAUCGGGACUUGAAGCUAGGGGGGGGAGUGAGCAUCGGACAUCAUGUCAAUAUUACCGUCCUUCGGUUUUACGCAGGAGCAAGUGGCGUGCGUUUGCGAGGUGCUGCAGCAGGGAGGAAACCUCGAGAGGCUCGGCCGCUUCCUGUGGUCCCUGCCCGCCUGCGACCACCUCCACAAGAACGAGAGCGUCCUCAAAGCCAAGGCGGUGGUGGCCUUCCACCGGGGGAACUUCCGAGAGCUCUACAAGAUCCUGGAGAGCCACCAGUUUUCGCCUCACAACCACCCGAAGCUGCAGCAGCUGUGGCUGAAGGCGCACUACGUGGAGGCGGAGAAGCUGCGCGGCCGGCCGCUGGGAGCCGUGGGGAAGUAUCGGGUCCGGAGGAAAUUCCCGCUGCCCCGCACAAUAUGGGACGGCGAGGAGACCAGCUACUGCUUCAAGGAGAAGUCCAGGGGAGUCCUGAGAGAGUGGUACACGCACAACCCCUAUCCUUCCCCGCGGGAAAAACGGGAACUGGCCGAGGCCACAGGACUGACCACCACGCAGGUCAGCAACUGGUUCAAAAACAGACGGCAGAGGGACAGAGCGGCCGAGGCGAAGGAGAGAGAGAACAGUGAAAAUAACAACGCAGGCGGCAACAAACAGAACCAGCUGUCCCCUCUGGAUGGAGGAAAGUCUCUCAUGUCCAGCUCGGAGGACGAGUUUUCUCCACCUCAGAGCCCCGACCAGAACUCAACGCUUUUGCUCCAGGGCAACAUGAGCCACCCGGGGGCCUCCGCUUACCCCAUGUCCGGGCUGGGGCCCCCACAGCCGGUGCACGGCAUGCACGGACAUCCACACCAACUGCAGGACUCCUUGUUGGGACCUCUAACCUCCAGUCUUGUGGAUUUGGGCUCUUAAAGAGGCUUCCCGUUUAUUCUAUUUUAACGAUCGCAGCGAAACGAAGAGGACUGAUAAGUGUAUCAGAGUGAACACAUGUAUGAAAUAACACUAUAGUAGCGUAUAUCAAAUAGACUGACCUAUCUGUCUUUAAAUUUGGUUAGAAGAAAAUUCCUUUAUGCGCUUAAACACAUCUCCCUGGACAGGAGGAUUUUCUGAUCUCCUGCGCAAAAAGAAACACACAAACAGGACCUUCUUGAAACUCUUAGCCCGACGAAACACUUAACAGGACUGCCCACUUGCUUAAUUUAUGAUAUUUUGUUAAGAUACCAAAAUAAUUAUGGCAGCCUACUGCGAUGGAAACUAAGAGGUAACGUUUUCAUUAGAGUCAUGGUAAUUAGUUUCCAAUAAAAAGUAAUGCAUUUGUCUCUGUGUUAUUUGUGUAUUUGAAGAAAAAUAACUAGUCAUGUAGCUUAUUCUAGAUUCUGGCUCUAAGCCUUUGCAAACUAGAUAAAUCAGUGGCUUACCAACUAAAUUGAAUUAAUACUAUUGGACAAAAAAAUAUAUGCUGUCAAUGAUGAUGUUUAUUUAAGUGACCUUAAAAUGUGGGGGGGUAAAACUCUAACAUGUAAAUAGAUCUAUUGGUGACUCUAAAUGUUGUGAGUUUGCAGAGAAGAUUAAAUUCAGCUGUACACGUUGUUUUUUUUUUUUUUUUACAAUAAAUGAAGAGAGAACAAAAUUAAUUUGGAUUAAUAGAAAUGAAAGUCAACAUCAGCAGCUGUCUGUCA